UUGAUGCUCCACACAGCAGUACGAAGUGGUGGCACAUAUUUGUAUCGUGACCUGUGCAAGUUCAAUUACUCAACAGCCAUUUCCGCUUGCCUACAACUCAAUAAAACACAAGUGCAGUUACAAAAAUUAGCGCAGUUUUGUAGCAAAUCAAUAUCUCGUUCAUUCAACAAUAAAUCAGUUACACACUAUACUUACGUUAAAACCAAAAAAAUGCCAGAAGAGCAAAAGCCACAAGUUGUAUUUGUAUUGGGAGGACCCGGCGCUGGUAAAGGCACACAAUGUUCCAAAAUUGUAGAGCGUUUCCAAUUUGUACACCUCUCUGCCGGCGAUUUACUGCGUGAAGAACGUGCACGUGAGGGUUCCCAAUAUGGAACAUUAAUUGAAAAUUAUAUACGCGAUGGUAAAAUUGUGCCUGUUGAAGUAACAUGCUCACUGCUAGAAAAUGCGAUGCAAAACUCUGGCAAAACUAAAUUCCUCAUCGAUGGUUUUCCACGUAACCAAGAUAACCUUGAUGGCUGGACACGUCAGAUGUCUGACAAAGUCGAUUUUCUGUUUGUGUUAUUCUUUAACUGCGGUGAAGAUAAAUGUGUGGAACGUUGUUUGGCACGAGGACAAGCUGGUUCCGGACGCAGUGAUGAUAAUUUGGAAAGCUUAAAGAAGCGUAUUCAAACAUAUAACAACGAUUCAUUGCCAAUUAUCAAGCACUAUGAACAGCUUGGAAAAGUGAAACAAAUCGAUGCUACACCAAGUGCUGAUGAUGUAUUCAAGAAUGUGGAAAAAGUAUUUGGCGAUGCAGGUUUCCAAUAAAAGGGUACGUGCAAUUAAAUAUACAGCCACUCCUACUUCCUAAACUGUUGCGGAAAUUGUUACUAUUGAUUAUUACUUUUUACGAAUUGGAUAUUAGAAAAUACUUAAUUUUACAUAUGCAUGUGUGAACAUACACGCGAUCAUCUGUAUAUGUUUAUAAAAUGUGUGUUUUCAACGUUUAAAAUUAUAUGUACUCAAGGUCAAGUUCUACAUACUUGCCAAUAAAGCCUAAAUUUAAUUUAUUCUAUAACUGUUUGUUUAGUAUUGGUAUCCAUACGUAUUCUUACGAUAGAGUCAGUUUGUGAACACUAUGCUUAUUCUAUGCAAUUUAGUUAUAAGUAAUGCAAAUAUAUCAGGAAAUAUGUAAUCUGUAUGUUUUUUUACGUAAACUUUGAACACAUACAUUUGAAGGGGAUAUUAUUAUCGUUCAAGUAUUCAUUGUUUGCUUAAAUUUGCUCUAUAAGGCAAUUGUGUUGAUAAGACCGCAGCUGAAUUGCAUUUAAAGCGAAAUUCUUUAAGAAACGAGAUUGUUAUUGAAAAAGCUUUCUUUAAUUAUACAAAAAUGCAAAUAACGUAUUGGAGUGAAGGCAAAACUGCUAUGCGCUAAGAUAAAUUAGAUAAGAAGCCUUCAAAAAAAAAAACAAAACCAAAAAGCCUUCAAAAAACAAAAAGAAAACCUGAACACAACAACACACGAAGAACCUUAUCUAUAUAUCUAUACGAAUAUCAACGAAUAGCUUAUAAGAUUUGGAUUUAAGCUAAGGAAAUUUAUUAAGUGUAUCUGCUUCUAUUGUUGUAGAAGUUCAAAUUAAAGAAACCCCUGAACCAACAUUGUUAUUGAUUGAAUAAAUAAAUAAAUAAAACUGUAAAAUGAAA